AUGGUCCCUGUGAUGGACCAAGUCAACGUAGUAUCCUUCCCCGACGGAGAGUUUGUGUCCGCAUACGACGAGAAUGCGAAAUGGACGCUGAAUAGCGAGACUCCCGAGAUCGUUCUCGACUUUGGCUGUGAAGUGGGCGGCAUUAUCUCUCUCGACUAUGACCAGCUUGGGGAGGGCCCCUCAGCCUUGGCUCUCGCUUUCACGGAAGCCAAGAACUACAUCAGUCACGAGUCGGACAGCUCAAACGGCAGCCCAGAGUACCCAGAUCUGCACCUGAAGCACAAGAUCAACUCGACUGGUCCUGGGACGUACACGAUGCCAGAUGCCAGUCUCCGGGGUGGCUUCAGAUACCUGACACUGUACCAAGAAGAAGACGGUGCGGCGCCAUUGCAUAUUCGCAACGUUCGACUUGAGAUCAGCUUCCAGCCUACUUGGCCGGACAUGCGCGCGUACCAGGGUUAUUUCUAUUCGGAAGACGAGCUUCUCAACAGGAUCUGGUACAGCGGUGCCUACACCCUGCAGACAAAUUCCGUGCCCAGCAACACCGGGCGAGUGGACGUCGGCACCAUCGAAGAAGGAUGGAAGAACGACGCAUUCGUCGGCCCCGGCGGCACGGUGCUUCUGGACGGCGCCAAACGUGAUCGAUGGGUUUGGAUUGGCGAUAUGGGAACCGCCGUCCCCAGCGCGUUUGUCAGCACGGGCGACAUGGCGAGCACGCGGAACGCCCUGCAGGUCAUGUUUGACAAUUUGAGAGACGACGACGUUCUGCCCAAGGCAGGUCCUCCCUACCUGGCUUACAAUAGUGACACCUACCACAUGUGGACUAUGAUUGGAGUCUACAACUACGUGCUAUACACAGAUGACAUUGACUGGCUGAAGCCAAUCUGGCCCAAGUAUAUCAGAGCCCUCAACUAUGCACGCGGGCUCGUGAAUGACAAGGGCAUCGUCAGCGUCAAGGGUACAGCUGACUGGGCUCGGUGGCUGUACUCAAGCGAGCGCUCGUCUGCCAGCGUGCUCCUAUAUCGAGCUCUCCAGACGGGUGCCGAGAUUGGCACAUGGUAUCCAGACCUUCCUGAUGCCUCCUCGCUAGCUGAACAGUGGACAAAAGAAGCAGAAACUCUCAGAGAAGCUAUCAUGGCCGAGCUUUGGGACGAGACGACGGGAGCCUUCCGGGAGAGCCCUGACGACGUCUCUCUAUUCCCACAGGACGCCAACAGCAUGUCCCUUGCCUUUGAUGUGCUCGAGAGAGGGAGCGAGGAAGCCGAGCGCGUUUCCUCGUAUCUCGAGUCGAACUGGACACCUAUCGGCCCCGAAGUUCCCGAACUACUGGGAAACAUCUCCCCGUUUAUCACGAGCAUCGAGAUAUUUGGACACUUCCGAGCUGGUCACCCUGAGCGUGCCGUGCAGCUCAUGCGCGACGCAUGGGGUUGGUACAUUAACCACCCAAACGGCACGGGCUCUACUGUCGCAGAAGGCUACCGCGUCAAUGGGACAUGGGGCUACCGGAUUGAUCGAGGAUACAAGGACGAGACGUACAUGUCCCACGCGCACUGCUGGAGCAGCGGGCCCACGUCUUCUUUGACGGAGCGCCUUGUUGGUCUUCAGGUGACGGCGCCCGCCGGAGAGGAGUGGCAAUUUAUCCCUGAGACCGGGGUCCACGGACUGGGUGAGGCUGAGGCAGGUUUCACUACAAAAUUGGGCAAGUUCUCAGCGAGCUUCAAGGUGGAUGGGAAUCGUGUGCAUAUCAAGUGGGAUACUCCCGAGGAAACUCGAGGCUGGUUGUCGCUGCCAGGGAAGAGUGGUCGGUGGAUUGAUGGAGGGAAGGGGUCCAAGACAAUUUGCUUGUGA